ACCUGGAACAUGGCUGUGGUGGACUGGGGUACACAGGCUCGGGGCAACAUAAAGUUGAAUGGGAGUCUCCUAUGCAGUCAAGACCUUACUCUCACUGUGUACAGGAAGUGUGUCCCAUUGAAUAUGAGUAGAUUCAUUAGGAAAACAUCACCGUUUAGUAUUGAAAAAAAGUUUUUUUCUGUACAAUAGUGAAGUCCACUAUACAAUUAACACAUAAGUAGGAAGUGUAAAGGAGAAAUGAAAAAUACAUGUGGAAAACAAUUAUUCAAAAAAUUAUUUAUAUCACAAAGAUUCCAGACAGCGUCUCCAUCUCUGUUCUAAACCACUCUGGUCCCAUGGUGGAGGGGACAAAGUACCAGCUGCAGUGUGACAUCCAGAACAUCGCUCCUCUACAGAACCUGGUUGUGAAGUGGUACAAAGGGAAUGAACCCUUAGAUAAUGUAACUUACAGUACUGUCAGUAAGACACCAGUGGAUGUGUCAGAUACUCUGAUGGUCAGCUCCAGUAGAGAUGAUGAUGGAGCUCAGUAUAGAUGUAGAGCAGAACUGGACCUUGGACCAGAGGGACCACAACCCCAUCCUACAGUGACAUCAGAACCUCUCAACAUUACUGUGCACUACGCUCCUGAGUUCCUUCCAGGAAAUGACACAGUGGAGGUGAGUGCAGGCAGUGAUGUGUCUCUGGACUGCAGUGCUGAGGGGAACCCUCCUCCUGAGCUGAAGUGGACCAACAACACUGCAGAGGGAAAUGCCAAUGAGACCACUGUAGGGCGCCUGCGUACUCUCAAUAUCUCCAGAGUAACAGCUAACGCAACUUACAACUGCACAGUCACAAAUAGACUGGGCUCCAUCACCAAGCAGAUACAUGUCCUAGUAGAUGUACCUCCACAACAACAGCCAAAGAUGUUCUCCACAGCACCCUCAACUCCAGGAACUAUGACCACCCUCCCAGCAACAGCCAAGCCAAAGGUAGUUACCUUCCCUCUUGAGCUCAACCCUCCCAGAGUGGUGGUGAGAUAUAGAGACUCAGUCUCAGUCAACUGCAGCACAUCAUCCACAGACCAUGAGGGGAUGGGCUGGGAGGACACAUUCGGAGGUACAAGUUUUGAACAAGAUGUCAACAUUGUCACCUGGACUGUGGAUAACCUUACUGAUUGGACAAUAGAACCUACAUGCUACAUCACUCUCAUUGACAGCAAACAACCCUCAAAAGUACUUCCAGUCAUUCUCUACAAGACUCCAGACAGCGUCUCCAUCUCUGUUCUGAACCACUCUGGUCCCAUGGUGGAGGGGACACAGUACCAGCUGCAGUGUGACAUCCAGAACAUCGCUCCUCUACAGAACCUGGUUAUGAAGUGGUACAAGGGGAAUGAACCCUUAGAUAAUGUAACUUACAGUACUGUCAGUAAGACACCAGUGGAUGUGUCAGAUACUCUGAUGAUCAGCCCCAGUAGAGAUGAUGAUGUAGAGCAGAACUGGACCUGGGACCAGAGGGACCACAACCCCAUCCUACAGUGACAUAGGAACCUCUCAACAUUACUGUGCACUGUAAGUUGGCUAUUAAUCUUGAUCUUUUUCAUAAAUCA